ACACAAGAAGGGUUUGUCACAAGUUGCGAGAGCUGGACUGUGCCUUCGAGUGGUGACAGAGCCCUCUCCACGCACCUGUAUGCUGCGUAUGCGGUCUCAAAUGUUCCGCAAGUAGCUAGAGCGUUGUUGUAUAGACCGGACUGUGGAGGCAGAGGACAGAAUGUCUUCUCCACCGAAGAAGUCCGUGCACCUGGCGGAGGAAUUCUCAGCGAGCUUUCAUGAGGGUCAUGUCACACGCAACGCGUCGGUGGCGUCGUCGGUCGGGAUGCUGUCUCGUCUCGCCUUUGCCACGGAUGGUUUGCCGGACCGGCCUGUGUCCAUGUGGCGGGAUGCCCCCGAUAACCGCGGAGAGCGUGUGACGGACCAGCCUUCCACCUCGGGGGUCUCUCCAUCUGCCCGACAGCGGCAGCAGGCGGGGCGCCGGCAGCUGCACACGCAGCCGGCCGUCUCCAACUCCCCGGGGGGCCGUCGCGGGCCCAGUAAUCUGACACGGCUCCUGCCCGACAUCCGAGGUGGCGCCAAGCCCCACAGCACCCCCUCCUCCCCCGUCGGCGCCCGCGGCAGCCACGGGCCCCUGCCCAGCCUUGCCAGCGGCGGCCCCGGCGGCACCAGCACCGCCCUGCACCGCACCAGCCUCAACGGCAGCGCCGGCACCUCGGAUCCAGGCUUCAUUGCUGGCGCCACCGUUGCCGGGCCCAUCGCCGCACACAGCCACAGCCACGGCCACGGCCAUGGAUACGGCUCCGCAGCCGGCGCCGGCGGCGCCGGCGGCGCCGGCGUUUUAAAGACCGCAUCCGCCGCCGCAGCGCAGUUUGCUUUAGCUGGCGGGAACCUCUUUUCCGCAGCUGCCAUCAACUACAACGCCCCGCCCUCACCAGCGGUGCGCGUGUCGAUCAGCGGCGAGGCCGCAGGACCCGGAACCAGCGCCGGCGGCGCCGCCGCCGGCCUGCUCCGUGGCGCUGCCUCGCCGGAGCCUGGCGGCGCCGCCGCGGGCUCGCCAUCGCGUACCGGCACCGCCGGCGCCCUUGCGGCCGAGAGCAGCGCCCUGGGCGGCGCAGAGGGCGGCGGCGAGGAGGAUGAGGAGGGGGCGCUGGCGGCGGGUGUGGAUGAUGACGAUGAGGUGAUGAUGGCGGAGAAUCCGAGGCUGCGGGGGCGGCUGGUGGCGCUGCCCAACAUCUUGUGUCGCAGCGCAAAUGGCGAUGUGUUUUUGGUGGAGCUGGGCAACGUGCAAGCCAUGCUCGCAAAGAAGGACAUUGGCGAUGAGGGCAUUGGCAUCCUGGGCCGCAUCACGCCGUCACUGGUGCCCGGCGGCGCCGCCAACAUGCGCCGCCGCCGCCAGGCCCGCCAGGCGGCAGUGGCCGCCGCCAUGGACGGCGACGAUGACGACCUAAUGGGCGGCGGCGGAACCGACGGCGAGGGUGGCCGCGGCGGCCUGGCCCGGAGUCUGUCGAUAAUGAGCCGUACGAGCCAGGGGCAGGGCGGCGGAGGGCGCACGGCGAGGAGUGGUGCGCGAUCCGCGCGCGGCCCGCGCAGCGGUCGUGACGUGGCGAUGGAGGCGGAGGUGCUACGGCACGUGGCGGCGACGGAGGCGGCGGUGGAGGUGAAGCGGGCGCAGCUGGAGGCGGACUGGAGGGCUGGGCGUGCCGACGGCGUGUCGGCGGCGGUGGUGGCAAGGGAGGUGGAGGAGGCGAAGCGCGCCGCCGCCAUUGAGUUUGCGGUGCACGUGUUCGUGCCGCACAAGCUGGCGGCAAUGGCGUUGAACAUGCGGGCGCCGCCGGCGGUGGAGAAGGACAAGGAGGGCGCCAAGGAGGCGGACGCCUCCCACUCAUUCAACGCGCCCGCGGCGGUGCCGGGCGGCGGCGCCACCUUUGGCGCGGGCUUCCGCGCGGGGCAGCCCACGGGCCUCGGCACGGUGGUGGCGGGGCCCUCUGGCGGCUGGGGCAAGAUGCAGGCCGGCCUGGACCGCAUGUACGAGCGCCUGCCCUUCCUGCCCGCCUGGGCCGACGCCGUGAGGCGGCUGCGCAAGGACGACGUGCUGGGCUGGGACGACCUACUGGGGGGCGGCGUCAGCGGCGGCGUGGGGGGAGGCGGAGGCGGGGGCGGAGGAGGCACGGGCGGCAGCGGCGUGUAUGUGAAGGGGCGCAACGAGCACCAGGGCACAAACAUCUACGUGCUCAAAUGCCAGGAGCUCGGAGUGACGCCCAGCACACAGGUGGUCCAGCAGCUGGCGGCCGCGGACGCCAACAUGGGGCACUGCAACCUGGGCCGCCAGGGCGCGGCGGCGCUGCGGCACGCGCUGUCCGCCAACGUGACCAUCACACACCUGAACCUCUGCGAUAACCAGCUCGACUCCACGGCGGUCCAGGACGUGUUGGCAGGGCUGUACAACGCCACAAUGGCAAAACACCCGCAGGCGCGCAAACUGCUGGAGCGGAGGCUCCAACCACAAGCCGCGAGCGGCAGCGGCGCGACUGGGGACGGUGGCGGUGCCGGUGGCGGCGGGGACGCGGGGGGCGGCGGCGCGGAGGGCGGCGGCAAGGGCGGCAAGAAGACCUACCUGCCCCAGCCCAGCCGCAAGGCGCCGGGCGACCUUAUGGUCCGGCUCAUUCCGUCCAGCCUCGCCAAGGAGCAGGAGCAGCGGCGGCACACCGAGGAGGAGCGGGUGCGCGCGGAGGAGGCGGCGCGCGCCGCGGAGGAGGAGGCCGAGGCGGCGGCGGCGGUGGCCUCCAACGCGGCGGCGGCCGGCGGCCUGGCGGACGCGCCCGAGUGGCUGCGCAUCAUCAACGACCCCGCCCGACUGGCGGCACUGGACGUGGCACGUACCCGCAACCAGUCCCGUGGCGGCUCACGUGGCCUGAUGGGCGGCAGUCCGGCCGCCGGCAGCAACCGCGCCCGAUCGCCAGACCUGCCCGCGCGCCGCGGCGGCGGCGGCGCUGCUGGAGGCGGCGGCGGUCCUGGCGGCGGCCCCCGGAUCACGAGUCUGACCAGCUUGAUCACGUCGAUGGAUUUGAGUGAGAACCCGCUGGGGCUGAAUGGAGUGAGGGCCAUUGCGGACCUGCUGGACCCGACGCUCACGCCGUACCAGUUCCUAAAGCACCUGUGGCUCAACAAGUGCGGCAUCCCGGAGGCGGGCGGCCGCGCGCUGGGCGCCGCCCUGGCUCGCGGCAACACCACUCUGUCGGUGUUGGGCCUCAGCAACAACGGCCUGGGCAACAAGACGGCGGCGGUGCUGGGCGAGUUGCUGGCGGGCAGCUGCGGGCUGGAGGAGCUGGACCUGAGCUGGAACCAGAUCAAGGCCGACGGCGCCGCCGCCCUGGCUGCCGGCCUGGCCCAGAACAACAAGCUGGCGCGCCUGAACCUGUCCUGGAACGGUCUGGAGAACGGGGGCGUGUGCGCGCUGGGCGCCAUGCUGGGGCGCAACGACUGCCUCAGCUGGCUGGACCUCACCAACACCCGCAUGGGCGCGGAGGCGUGCCUCAUGCUCAGCGAGGGAAUCAAGUCCAACCACACUCUGGAGGUCCUGAUCCUGAACGGCAACUCGGUGGGCGACGACGGCGCGCGCUUCCUCAUGGACGCCCUCAAGGCCAACACCAGCCUGCAGUACCUGGGGCUGCAGGGCAGCAACAUGUCGGCCGCCGCUCGCGGGCACAGCGGCGCCAACGCCUUCAACCCUCUGAGCCCCGACGGCUCCUACGUGCUCAACCUGUCGCACGGCCCCGACCGCGCCGUGGCGCAGCAGCUGUGCGAGCUGGACGCGGCCUCGGGCGGCGGCGACCUGAUGAAGAACAUCCGGCUGAACGACAAGAACGUGGCCAGCUGCAGAGCCAUGAAGUGGCCGGACUGCCUGCCCACGUCCGGCAUGCUGACGUGUGACUUCGUGUCCAAGCGCGCCAGCAAGGCGCUGGCGGUGAUGGAGGCCAAGAAGUUCAACGCGCUGGCGGCGCAGUUCGGGGCUGGGACCAUGAGCGACAAGGAGAAGCUGGGCCUGGUGGAGGUGAUGGCCCCCUUCAACUACCUCUACUGCCACCAGGCCGCAACACUGCUGCGCACCUUCACCAUCGGCGACGAGAUGGUGAUGGCUGCGGCGCUGCUGUUCAGCCGCUGUGCCGACCUGGAGGACUCCAUCACCGCCCUCAGCGACGCGCUCAAAGCCGACACCAGCCAGGACAGCCUACACGAGGCCCUGGGCUGGUACUCUUACGUGCGCUUCUCCAACCCCACGGGCCACUACGAGCUCAACCUGUGCUCCAAGGUGCACCAGGCACUGGCCACCCGGCUCAAGGACGUGGCCUACAGCGAGCCUGUGGAGGCUCUGAACUGGGUCAACGUCAUUCACGACAUGUACACCACCAGCACCAAGGUUCCCAACAACUUCGGGCCGCCCGAGGGCUGGAAGGGGCUGGUGCCCCACAGCGGCACGUUGUCGUUCGACUACGUCAGCGGCGUGUGUGUGCCCGAGGACACGCCGCCCGUCAGUGACGCGCUGCUCGCGGAGGUGCUGCAACACGACCUGGGUAUCCCGCUGGACGCUCAGGGCGCCCCCGUGCCCUGCCGCGACGCCGCCGCCGCCUCGGAGCAGGUGGCGCGGCUGCGGCCGCUGGUGGCCAACAUGGCCUUCACCGCCGCACAGGUCCGGAGGCUGGUGGAGGCGUUCGAGGCCCCGCCGCACCGCGUGGAGGUGCUGGUGGUGUGCUUCUGCCUCAUCACCGACCGCCGCAACCUGUGGAGCCUGCUGUACGGGCUGUCGCCGCUGGAGCAGGCCAUGGCCAUGUGGCGCCUGGGGCCGGCGCACGUGUUUGACCGGGCGCACCCAACCGGCCACUACAUCCUGGACCUGGCCAACCCGCAGCACGAGGCGGUCGCGCACAAGCUGGUGGAGCUGUCGCUGGCGCAGCCCGAGCUGCCCAACUUCUGGAACAUCCGCAUCAACGGCGCGCCGAGGGCGGUGCACGAGAAUCGCAACAUGUGGGGCACAUUCACUUCAGAAACCGCGUCGCCGUUCAUGGAGUUUGACUUCAUCGGCGCUGACGGCUUUGAGGUAUUGGGCCGCAGCAAGCAGGAGGUGGACGCGCUGGGGCCAGGCGACCGCCUGGACCUGCGCACCAAGCAGGCGCGCCGCAUGGAGCUGAGCCGCCUCAAGGCGAUGUACGCCUACUACGAGGACGGCAGCGGCUGGGGCCGCCCCGCCUGGUGCAGCCGCCCGCAGCUGAUGCGGCCGCUGGCGGACAAGGCGCCCUGGCAGGCGGCGUGGGACCGCAUGAUGCGCGUGCUGCUCAGGUUCGACCUGCGCUGUGGCGGCAUGGAGGGCGACAGCCCGCUGGAGGACAUGUUCUUCACCACCACCGGCGGCGAGGAGGCCCUCACCGCGGACCAAUACGAGGCCCUGUUGAGGGACUGGGGCUACGGGCGCCUGGAGGUGGCGUUCAUGAGGGAGGCGUUCGACGCCGCCGGGCGCCACGCCACGCCGGCAGACGGACCGGCGUACAAGCCGGUGCAGGUGGUGCCAGGGGGCGGCGGGGCGGUGAGCACGAGCGGCGGGGUGUUGGGGAGCGUGUCGGGUGCGGCCACGCCUGCGGGGGUGCUGAGCCGGGCCGCCUCCGCGCACCCGGGCGCGGCCUCGAUGGCGGGCGGUGUGGGCGGUGUGGGUGGGGAGGGGGCGGGCGGCGGCAUUCCUGAGUCGCCGGGUGCCGCGUUGCUGGGCCUGCCCGGGGCGGUGGCGGGGGCGGCGGGGGCGGGGGCAGCGCAGCAGCCGAUUCCGAACAUGGUGGUUGACUUCCCGACCUUUGUGCGCAUCUUCAUGGCUGAGCCGCCGCGGGCGCUUCGGUUUAUGGUGGCGGCAACGGCGGUUGUGGCGGCGGCGGGCGUGGCGGCGGCGGCGGCGGCGGCAAAGUCGGUGCGGGGCCGUGCCAAGGGGCGAUAGGCGGCGGCUUGGGCUGCGGCGGUGGUUUUGGGCAUGGAUGCACGGUGUGUGUGAGGAUGGACCUGGUGCGUGGUGGCGUGCUGGGUGCUGGGGCUGUUGCGUAGGAGGGAACAUGACCGACGACGUGUGAUGAGGGCGUGUGUGUGUGUGUGUGUGUGCGUGUGCGUGUGUGUGUGUGUGUGUGUGUGUGUAUGCGGCGGCUGUAGUGAGCAGCGCGGAUCAUCAUCAUAUGUAUCACACGAACUGUGUGUUGUGUGCCAGUCUCAUAUGACGGACUGAUGGUGAGGCAAGGGACGCGAGGUCCCGGCCUCCCCGGGACAGGCGAGCGGGUGCUGCGACAAUGCACCUCACCUCCUGAUCACAUAUGCAUGGUGAACCGGCAUGAUAGCAUGCAUGGCAAAAUGGGGUUUGCCCCGACGUACCUGUAAACUGUGCAUGAC